UGGAAUUUGGCCAACUUGUUCUCUGCGCUCCCUGGUCGUCUGCUCACUAAUGACAACUAAUACCAAUAGUAAAUAAUCCUCGAGCCGUCGGUCCUCCAGGCAUUUCCUUUCUUCAUACCUGUACUCUACAUAUUUCCCACGGUUCCUCUGGUUUGGUCGUUGUCUGUUUAUUGCAUAAGAUACCGGCACAACACUCGCAAGAUGCGUCUGCAACGUGCCUCGCAGUUUUUCCUUGCCUUCUACUUCUUCUUGCACCCGCCCUGCGUGCAAGCCGAGUCUCAAUGCGCCAUAGAUCCCAACUCAAUCGUGACUGAUGCCUGCACCUCCUACUCAGACCUCGAGCGGCUCAACGCCAACCUUUACCCUUCGUUAGACGACUUGACCCAGCACACCGACUUCUUCGCCUACUACCGAUUAAACCUCUACAACAAGGCCUGUCCCUUUUGGACCGAUGAGAAUUCCAUGUGCGGCAACCGGGCGUGCGCCGUGGAGACAAUAGAAGAUGAAAGUGACAUACCACCAAUCUGGCGAGCCGCGGAGUUGAGUAAACUGGAGGGUGCGAGGGCGAAACAUCCGGGGAUUGCCCUGCAGCGAGAAAGGCCAAAAGACCGCCCGCUGCAAUAUCAGUUGGGCGAGAACGUGGAUGAAAGUUGUGUGCUAGAGGAGGACGACGAAUGCGACCAACGAGAUUACUGCGUCCGCGAAGACGAAGGCGCAGCAGCCAAAGGAGACUACGUCAGUCUUGUCAACAACACCGAACGAUACACCGGCUACUCAGGACUCGGUGCUCGACAAGUCUGGGAUGCCAUCUACAAGGAGAAUUGCUUCACUCCCAAGUCUCCGAGACAUGCCUCUUUGAAACCGAAACCCCUCCAAGCCGCGCAGAGUCUAAAGAACAUCUUCCAAGAGUAUGGGCGGCAACAUGUGGACGAUUCGGACGACCUGUACCCCCUCGACGACGAAUGUCUCGAACAACGGGCGUUCUAUCGCAUCGUCAGCGGCAUGCACGCCUCCAUCUCCACACAUAUUUGCUGGGAGUUCUUCAAUCAAACCACUGGCGAAUGGGUCCACAACCUUGACUGCUACAAGGAACGGCUGCACAAGUACCCCGAACGCAUCUCCAACAUCUACUUCAACUACGCCAUCCUGACACGCGCGGUCGCAAAGUUGAGGAAACACCUGGAAUCCUACACUUUCUGUUCUGGCGAUCCCGACCAGGAUUUCCAAACCAAACAGAAGGUCCUCGCGCUCGCAGACACAGCAGCAUCUGGUCCGCACACCUUCGAUGAAUCCGUCAUGUUUCAAGACCCUUCGGUCAUGGUGCUCAAGGAUGACUUCCGCAACCGGUUCCGUAACGUGUCCAGGUUGAUGGAUUGCGUUGGAUGCGACAAAUGCAGGCUUUGGGGAAAGCUUCAAACCGCUGGUUAUGGUGCUGCCUUGAAAGUUCUUUUUGAGUAUGAUGAGAACAAGAACGGGGAAAAUCCGCAUUUGAGGAGAACAGAGUUGGUGGCAUUGGUCAAUACCCUUGGGCGUCUCAGUCACAGUCUGGAUGCAAUCCAAAAGUUCCGCACCGCUCUCAACACUGGAGAUAUGAGUGUGCUGGACAUCCAAGGCCCGCUUCCACCGUCUGCAAAGACUGAUAGCAAGGCUGACUCGGUCGAUACCGAGAAUACCGAAGACAUCACAGACUUUGACGACUUGUACGAUGAUUUGGACAGCAAAGCCUCACAUGAGCAGCCGCAGGGGAAUUCAAUCGCCGAAGCGUUCUGGACCGAGCUCGAUCUCGUCUGGCGCGCAUACAAGAUGGUUCUUCGGUCUUGGUUCGAGCUGCCUUUCAAGUUCGGCGCGAUUUUCAUCAUGGAAAUGAAUCGGUUGUGGAAUUUCUGGUUGGGACUGCCGGUGCCGGACCGGUCAUGGGAUUUUCACUUCCCAAGCCGGGACGAGCUGUAGGAUAGCUCCUCCCAUUUCACCCUCAUGAGUGGAGUUUUGGUGGCAAGGACAUUGAGGACUCACUUUUGCAUGAAUUGGCGCAGGACUUUGCGGUACGUGGCAUCUGGUGUACAGAUGGCACUCUGAUUGUAGGUAUGCAUAGCGACGGCGUGGGCUUGGGCAUGCGCAGAAGCGGGCAGCACGGUCUAUGGGUUUCGAUAUAGAUGUACAUAACAUUCUGCGAAGUGUGCGCACUUCCAACAACGAGGAAAGACAUGCUGUUCCCAGACGAA